AUGAAUUUAUAUGAUGAAGAUUGUUCAUUGGAUAAGCUAUUACCGAAUUCCAUUUUUUUAAUAAAUAAAUAUCGAAUUGAUAAUGUGAAAAAAAAUAUACCAUAUGAAGAAAAAUACUUAAAUAAAAAAAAACAUUUUGAUAAUCUGUUAGAUUUAAAGUUGUGCUGUAUAAAAAAAAAAAUCGGAAUAAAAGAUAUAUCUUAUAUUAAAGAAGAUAAUAAAAUUGAUUCGAAAAAUGGAAAGAAAAAUUUAUGUCAAAACAUCAUUGAGCAGCCCUUUAACAAUAAUAAGGAUAAUAUAGAUGAAAAAGAAAAGAGUCAAAGAUAUUGUAAAACAAAUGACAUGCCUAUUAAUGGAAUGGAAAACUAUUAUGUAUAUUUUAUUCUAAGGCAAUGGUGUAUAGAAAAUGUUUAUGAUAAAAUUGAAAAAAAAAAUCAAAUAAUAAGUUAUGUAAUUAUAGGUAAGCAUAUUCAUGAAAAUAACAACUGCUUUUAUGAAGAAGUUAAAGUCGAAAUAUUAAAUUAUAAUGUUGAAAAAGAUGGGUUUUUUGUACAAAUUCAUGGAAAUGGGGAUAAUAUAUUUUUAUUAUCACAACAAGAAUGUAUACUAGUUAAAAAUAAAUAUAUAAAAAAUAAUUUUGCCAAAGCAGAACUUAUUCUAAAUAACAAACAUUUUAAAAUAUCUAAAAAACGAAAAAUAAUUAAAGGAGAAUGGUUUAACAAAUCAAAAAAUAUAAUAACACUUUUAACUUAUGAACAAGUCAUACCAUAUAAGCUUUUUACAUGUAAUUAUAGAGGGAUAAUUAGAUUGAUUAAUAUAAAAAAUAAAAACAUAAAAGAAGAAAUAAAAAUAGUUUUACCUGAUAUAAGUAUACUCUUACAAAAAAUUCAAAAUAAUAAUGAUGAUAUAGGAAAUUUAAAAAAAAAAAUUUCAACAAAUAUGAAUAAAAAUUAUGAAAAUUUGAAAUUAUGUGCUAUAGAAAAAAGAGAAUCAAACGAUUUGAUUAAUCAAAAGGAUUACACUAAUUUUGAUGAGUCUGAAGAAAAAAGUACAUCAUUUUCAAAUAAAAAGGGAAAAUGUGAAGAAUAUCAAAAUAAAAAUGAAUAUAAAUAUGGAUGUGCAUCUAAUUAUAGUGAAAAAACUUAUGAUUCGUGUAAAAAUUAUAAAAAAAAUAUGAAUUUAGGUUUUGAUUCAAUGGUUAAUUAUUAUGCUGAUGAUUUAGGUUUAACUUCAACAGAAGUUAAUACUAUUUGGGGAUAUGAAAAUGGUAAAGAAAAAAAACAGAAAAAUAUUUCCAGAAUUAGAAAUAAAAAAAGUGAGAUAAAUAAACAAAAAAGAUAUCUAUAUAACAAAUAUAAAUAUCAAAAUUUAGCAGUUGAUUUUUGUUUUGGUUCUAUAAAUGAAAAUGUAUUAUGGAUAGAGACAUGUAUAUUUAUCCUUUUAAAAGUUGGAAUAAUUUUAAUUUAUUCUCCAAUUUUUACAAAGAAAUGUUAUAUUAGUUAUCCAUUACUAUAUGAGUUAAAUCAGAUAAGAAUUGGAAACGAACGAACAAAUAGAGAAAGUAUUUCAUAUAAUCAAGAAUUUUUAGAAUAUUAUAAUUUUUUUGAAAAUUGUUCUAUAUGUAAAUAUGAAGAAAAAUAUGUGUGCAUCCAAUUUGAUAAAAAUCAUAACAAAAAUGAUAAUAAAAAAAGUGACGCAAAUUAUAUAUCAGGAAAAGAAUCUAAAGAUAAUACAAACAUAGAUGAAGAAAAAGAAAUGGAAUAUAUUCCUUAUGUUAUAAAUUGUUUAAAACCAUCAGAAUAUAAAUGUAUAAAUUUAAUAUAUUAUAAUAGUUUAGUUAUUAUAUGUGUUUGUAGCAAAUUAGGGUACAUAUCCUUUUUUUUAUUAAACUAUUUUAUUACUCCUUGUAUUUCUUUAAAUAUCAAAAAUAAUCACUUGUAUUAUGAUAAGGGAAAUAAAACAAAGAAACAUGUAACAUUUUCACUUUUUAAAAAAAAAAACGAACCAUUUUUUUUUAACAUAUUUAAUAAUAAAGAGAAUGCUCAUUUAGAAAAAAUGGAUAUAUCCGCUUUUACUAAUUUAAUAAAUAAAGAAAAAUAUGAUGAUUAUAAACAAAAAAUGAAAAAUAAUUAUAUAGUAAAAGAUUUGAUAACUCAUAAAAAUGAAGAGGAAAAAAAACAAAAAAAAUAUAUCGAAUAUUGUAAUGAAGAUAGUUCGAGCUCAGAUAUUCAAAAUGAGAUAAAAAAGUCUGCUAUUGAAAAUGUAGAUAAACUAAAAAAUGAUAAAAUAAUUGAAUCUUUAAAUAAAAUGAAAAAAAAAAAAAAAAAAAAUCGUAUUCUCACAGAAAAAUAUAAAGAAAAUGUAAAAAAAAAAAAAGAUGAUGAAUUAUUCUUUUCAUGUUAUGAAGAAAUAAAUGAAAUAUAUGAAGAUAAAAUAGAUAAAGAAUUACGAUUUGAAUAUUAUAUUUUAAAUGUUUUAUUUUUUGAUUCCUAUUAUACUGGAAUGCUAAAUGUAAAAUGUAUCGUUCUUAAUGACAAUAAUUUAAUAUGCUUUAAUAAUAAUAAAGUUAUAAUUAUAAAUUUAUUGUGGUUAAAAUUUGUAUAUGUUAUAGUUUAUUUAAUUAGUGUAAAACAUAUAUUAUCGGCUAGGCUAAUGUAUGAAAUAUGUACAAAUAGUUUAUAUAUGAAAGCAACUAUUUUUAAAUCUAAAAUUAAUUUUUAUGAAUUCGAUUAUUAUAGCUAUUUAUUGCUAGAUCACACUAAACAAUUAUGUUAUGAUAAUUUUAUUAAAUUAUUUAAAAAUAAAAAAGAAGAAGUAUUAUUAAAAAGCUAUCAAGAUAUUAACAAAGUUGAAAAUUUCGAUAUUUUUCAAUCAAAUGUUUUAUAUAAUGUUCAAUAUCUUUUACAUCCAGUAGUUAUACAAAUAGAUGAUCAUGAUAUUUCAAAUGAUAAAUUAAAUGAAGUAUAUUUUAUAUUUACACAUUAUAUAAAUCUGGAGUCUCAAAGAAAAAAUCAAUUAUUUAUGAAUAAAGAUAUUAAUUUUUUUACUUGCCCAAUAUAUAAAAAUAUUUUUUUAAUUUAUGAUUGUUUUAAAUUUAAUUUAUACAAAGAUCAUUUACAAUUACAGAAUAAAGACAAUGGUACAACAACAUAUCUAGUAAAAAAAAAAAAAAAUUAUAAACCUUUUUGUAUAUUAGGUCAAAAUGAAAAUAAUACAAAACUUAUAAAUUAUAUAAUUAAUACUAAAGUUAUUGAUGAUGAUUCAAUAGAUAUAGUUAUGUAUAAAAAUAUAUUAUCAUUUUAUAUAUAUUCUCGAUGUAAUGAUUAUAUGAAUGAACUUAUAAAAAAAAAUUUUAUUUUCUAUAUUGGAAAAAAAUCCAUACAUAAUAAGACGCACACAAAUAAUUUCAUAAUCAACAAUAAUAAUGAAAAUGAUAAUUAUCCGAAAAUCCAAAGCAUUCUUAAUGAAAAAUCUGUGUCUAAAAUGAGCGACAUUACAACUAAUUUGACGAAUGGAAAUCACCAAGGGGCACUAAUCAAGUACUCUAAUUUCAUGAACAUGAAUUCUGAACCAAUGUUAGGAUUGAAAUAUGGUAGAAAUUAUAAUUAUAAAAAUAAAAUUAUAUAUUCUAAGAAUAUACCUAUAAAUGUUACAAAUUUUAUGGCAAUUACGACACGCAAUCUAACUUAUUCAAAAUCUUCAAAUAAUCUUUGUGAUAAUAACCCAAUUGUCGGCUUUUUAAAAAAUGCAUUUUUAUUACUAUAUAAUACAAAUACUUUAACUGAUCAAACUAAAGAUAAAAAUAAUAAUAAAAUAUACAAAGAUAUUAUGUCAAAAAUAAAUAACAGCAAUAAUAUUUCUCAAAAUUUUGAAGCUAUAAAUCCUGAAUUUUUUAUAACCAGUUUAAAACAUUAUAUAAAAAAUAUGGAUGUAAAAAAAAGUGAUGGGUUAGAAUGUGCUAUGCUAAUAAAAAAACUAAUAAAAAUAAAAAAUGAUUAUAUUCACGUUAAGGACUAUUAUCUCAAGAAAUAUGACAUUCACCUUAUUUGGAAAAAUCCAAUUGGCCAAAAUGACGAAAAUCAGCAAAUGGCUUUUGUACAAAAUAUUAUCAAACAUUAUUAUUUUUUUUUGGGAUUAAAUAAUUAUUAUGAAAAUAAGUUUAAAAAAAUUCAAAGACGUAUAACUGAAAUUUUAUCAUAUAAAAUUAUACACUUUUUAAAAUCACAUAGUCAUUUACAAAAUGUUGGAAAAUCUAUAAUUCAAAAAAAUUCAGAUUUAGUCGAAGAUAUUAAAAAAUGCUAUGAAAAACAAAAAUUAAUUAAAAACAAAUUUAAUCUUUUAAAAAAAAAAUAUUAA